UCUCUGUGUAUGAGAAGGUUUCAAGAAGCAAAGUCUUGGAAACGAAGGCAGAAGAAGUACAAGCUUAUGCUUUGAGAGCCAUGUCGAUACCGAUUCUCGAAGCCUGCAAGAAGAGAAAGAGACGGCCAAAGCUCUUCGGGUUUCACACCUUUGCCGAUCCUGGUUGCCCCAUAAAUCCCACAAGCCAUUUUUGCGAUAACAUUCGAAUAUUUCUUCGAGAAUGCGCUGAGCUCGAAGACUACAAUGUUGAUGGAAUGCCCACUUGGUGUACGCUUCUUGUGAAUGAGAACAGAGGCUUUGUGGUUCCUGUAUAUACCAUUGAAGAGAGCGUCAAAUACGCUGCGAAGCCUUUCUGCGAUCACUGUAGAUGCACAGGUUGGAGUAAUCACUUUGUUUCGAAGAGAAGAUAUCAUAUUAUAAUUCCUAUUGAUGACGAGUGGAAUAAGCCAUUGGAUGAUGGUGUUUUUGAUCUCCAAACCCACUUGCUGCAUGGUAUGAUUCACUGUAAUGGGUUUGGUCACCUGCUUUGCAUCAACGGGAUUGAAGGGGGUUCAAGGUAUCUCUGCGGCAGAGAGAUCAUGGAUCUCUGGGAUCGAAUUUGCACAAUUCUUCGAACCCGGAAAAUUACAGUGGAGGAUUCCUCGAAGAAGCGAUUCAUGGAUCUUCGGUUGCUACAUGGAGUUGCAUAUGGGCAUCCCUGGUUUGGUAGAUGGGGGUACAGGUUCUGUCAUGGAAGUUUUGGCGUUAAGGGACCUAAUUACGAAAGAGCAAUUGAAAUUCUCAGCUCACUGGAACUAGAUCAGAUCAUCGAAGAUUUUGGUUGCACCGACAGAUGCAUGAAAAUCAGACAAAUUUUUCGAUUCUACCGAGAUUUGAGUGAGACCCAGUUGAUCACACUCAAAGAUAUCCUCAGGAUCAUGCUUACUCUCAAAUCCCGAGCUCCUGUCCAGAAGAAAAUGAACAUAGUGCCUGAUCUUCCUGCUUCUUCUACUUUGAAACCUUCCACCAGAAGAUCCCUACAAAAUAGGCCUCCUCUAAAGGAUAAAACGAUGAAGUUUAAGAAAUUCAGUACAUUAAUCACUAAUAUGGACAGCCGAUGGCCGGCAAGAAGAUUAGAAUAUGCCGCAGAUGUGAUUGUUAAUGCAUUGAGGGAAAAGAGAGCAAGCGAGUGUACCCAUGAUGGAAUGACUAGGCAGGAAGUGCGAGACGCAGCUAGAAUGCACAUUGGUGACACUGGUUUGCUAGAUUAUGUGCUCAAAUCAAUGAAUAAUGUGAUAGUUGGAAAUCAUGUUGUCUGUCGUGCUGUUAACCCAGCCACUCGGGUUUUAGAAUACACACUUAAGGAACUUGGUAAAGGCACUCUAGUCAGUGAAUUGGAAUCAGAAAUGCUUCCCAAGCCAUUUCCAGAGCAAUCUAUAGUACCUGGUGCUGAUGUAUACAACGAUGUGAUUUAUUUGUAUAGGAAUGUGCUAUUGAAUUACCCUGACUCGGAAUUGGUUGAAUUAGCAACUAGGGCGGUUCUGGACAGCAAGCACUUUGUAAAGGAGUGGCCUUUUAGUGAUGAAGACGAUCAGCUACUGAGGUUCGUAUGCCAUAUGAUGCCAAGUUUGAGUGAGCUAGAAAUUUUUACAAGGGAGUUGCCUCCUGGAGAGUUUAUUGUGGUUCCACCAUAUGCUACAGUUGGUGAGCUGAAGGAAACAGUUGAGAGGACAUUGAGGGAUACUUACUGUAUUAUGGAGCAGGUGGUGGUGACUGAGAUUGAAGACAUGGAGGGAAUGACAGAUGAGGAAGUGCUUUUUGGCACGAUUGAGUCAGGUUCUGAAGUUUGGAUGAGAGGGACUGGGAUGGAUUUGGAAACUGAAUUGAAGUAUGAAGGCGGGUCUGAUAAUUGGAGAGUGAGUUGUGAAUGUGGGGCUUUAGAUGAUGAUGGGGAGAGGAUGGUGGCUUGUGACAUUUGUGAGGUCUGGCAGCACACUGUCUGCAGUGGCAUCGAUGAUUCUGAGACUGUGCCACCCCUGUUUGUUUGCCCCAAAUGCUGUGCCUUGCUUGUGCCUGCAAGAAGCGAGUCUUCUGAUUGUGGACGCAUGCAGUUGGCUCCAGUUCAUCAGCUUGGGAUGGAGUUACUGUACUAAAGCAUGCUGUUUCAGGUUCAAGAUGGCAGCUCAAUGCCUGCUAUGAGGACCAACACGAGCUACAGAAGUUGAUUACCAUUGGAGUGGUAUUAUCAAAUUCCCCUGACGAUUUUGGCUUUUUUAUUUGUUGUUGUGAUAACACUGACUGUGAGAGGUAAAUUUCAAAUACACCUUCUAUUCUUUGUAAACUGAAAAUAGAUUCAAUAAAGAAUUCUUUCACAUUGAUUCAUUUCGAACCACUGUAUUCAGGCAAUCAUCAA